UUGGUUGUAGUUGAGUUUGACAAUUGACAAGGAACAAAAUGGCUGGAGAAGUGUUUAUAAAAUGUUUAAUAUCAGUUUUAUUGCUGAAUUCAUGUCGAGGUGAAAUAAAUGGACGUCUUCUGGAUGAAAAUGAAGAGAAUAUGGAUUUGGAGACACAUCAUACGAGAGAUCUUCCAAUACAAAAUUCCAUUCAGAGUCAUCCUAGGAGACACAGAAAGUCCAAGAGACGAAUGAAGAGAAGAUACAAGUGCUACUCGUGUGAGCCUCCUGAUUGCUCCAACAACAUCACGACUCACACUCAUUUGUGCCAGAAUGCCAUUCAGUGCUGGAAAUCUCGUGUUCGUGACAGUUACGGGGUGGAGAGGAUGUCCCGGGGAUGUACCACCUCUCAUGAUCAAUUGCCUGUCCUCUGCAAUCCUAACAUAAAAGGUGGCCACUCUAAGAGACACUCGUCCGGGCAAUACAACAUUGAAUGUUGUACCGGAGAUUAUUGCAACAAUGGCAGCUUCCCGGAACUCUCACCCAUCAAUCAAGUGAUCCGCAUGGAUCCGGUAACACCGGAUGGUCUCAAAUGGGCCAUCGGGACAAUUGCUGUCGUUGCUCUACUUCUUGUAGCAGGGACAGGAAUUUAUUUCUGGCUGCGUCAGAGCCGUCAUAAGAGACUCCUCGUGUCUAGAAAUAAAGCCGAUCCAGAGACUUACUAUGCUAGUGAUGAUAUUCUACGGGCCACAACGGCCGGUGACAGUACACUUAGAGAAUACUUGGAACAUUCAGUAACUUCAGGGUCCGGGAGUGGUCUUCCCUUGCUCAUUCAGCGGACUCUGGCGAAACAAGUAUCACUCGUGGAAAUCAUAGGCCGUGGACGAUAUGGAGAAGUUUGGCGAGGAAUCUGGCACGGUGAGAAUGUUGCAGUCAAACUCUUCUACAGUCGCGAUGAGGAAUCAUGGAAGCGUGAAACAGAAAUCUACAGCACAGUUCUCCUAAGGCAUGAAAACAUCCUUGGUUACAUUGGUUCUGACAUGACAUCCCGAAAUUCUUGCACUCAACUCCUCCUUCUCACUCACUAUUAUCCCCUCGGAUCACUAUUUGAUCAUCUCAAUCGAUCACCUCUGACUCACCACGAAAUGGUGGUGAUCUGUUUGUCCAUUGCCAAUGGACUAGUACACCUACAUACAGAAAUCUUUGGGAAACAGGGCAAACCAGCCAUUGCUCAUCGUGAUCUCAAGUCCAAAAAUAUCCUCAUUCGCCUCAAUGGAUCAUGUGUUAUUGCUGAUUUUGGUCUGGCUGUUACACAUGUCCAAGCCACUGGACAAAUUGACCUGGGAAAUAAUCCCAAAGUCGGAACCAGACGAUACAUGGCUCCAGAAGUUCUUGAUGAGAGCAUUAAUAUGGGGUGCUUCGAGGCAAUUCGACGAGUGGACAUUUAUGCUCUGGGCCUAAUCUUCUGGGAAGUUUGUCGUCGAACUUUGUCAUGUGGCAUUGCCGAAGACUACAAAGUGCCAUUCUACGAUGUUGUUCCUGCCGAUCCGAGUUUUGAGGACAUGAAGAAGGUCGUUUGUGGCGACAACUAUCGACCCUCCCUCUCAAAUAGAUGGACAUCAGAUCCCCUUCUGGCAGGAAUGUGCAAAUUAAUGCGAGAAUGUUGGCAUCAGAAUGCUAAUGUGCGUUUACCCGCCUUAAGGGUGAAGAAGACAAUUCAGAAAUUGGCCUCAAAUGAUGCUAGCGUUAAACUCCACCAAAAUGAAGAUGAAGUUUAAAGGUAAUCUUAAAGAAGUUUUUAAGAAAUAUCUACAAGUUAAGGGACUGCUACAUCUUAAUGAGAGAAUAAAAGUUUUAGGGAUAUUACCCCAACAACACCCAACAAGAUAGAUAAACCUAUCUUAUAUAUUUUAGUAUAAACAUAUUUCAAAGUAACAAACGAAUGUGAAAAGUGUUAGAAAAUAGAUUAAACAAAAGAAAAAAAAACGAUAAAAAUCAAAUAAAAAAGUAAGGUGAGAUUGUUAAGGAUCUAACCUAAAUAGGAAAA